AUGACCAAAGUGAUUAUUGUCGGUGUUGGAGGUCCCUCCUGCUCCGGGAAAACGACGGCCGCUAAAACCCUCCACAGCUUGUUCAAAGGGUCGUUGUUAAUCCACGAGGACGACUUUUAUUUCUCAGAUACUCAGAUCCCGUUUGAUGAAGCCAAGGGCGAACAGGACUGGGACUGCCCGGAGGCGCUUAACUUCACCCAGUUCCUCCAGGCAUUGGCAGAGAUCAGGCAAAACGGCGAGUUGCUGGAAGAGAUUGCGUCCCUUGAACCCGAUGUCAAGCUCCUGGUCAGUGCCUCCGAGGUGGCGGAAAUCUCUGCCCGCAUCCAGCAAGCGUUCCCUCCGCACAAAUACAAGUUUGUCUUUGUCGAUGGUUUCAUGCUCUACCACGAUCCCGUAAUUGUCAACUCUUUAGACAUCCGCUUGUUCCUCCACGCUUCCUACGCCACCUUGAAGCAGCGUAGAGAGGGACGUGAGGCGUACAUUACGAAGGAAGGUACGUGGCAAGACCCUCCUGGGUAUUUCGACAAGAUGGUAUGGCCCGCAUACGAGAAGUCGCACAAACACCUUUUCGUGAAUAACGACACGGCUGGAAGGCUUACGGAAGAGGCCAAGUCGGGGUUGAGCAUCAAGGAUUGUGCCACCGAUAAAGUGGGGCUCUUUCAGAUCAUCACCUGGGCCGUCACCGAGAUCCUUGGGUCUUUGGAAAAAUAG